AUGACAGAGGUUUCUUCUACCCGCCUCUACCUGGGCAAUCUCCCCCGCAAUGCCACCAAGGCGGACGUCGAGGCCCACUUCCAGACCCAUGGGACUGGCGAGAUUACUGAGAUCAAGCUCAUGAAUGGCUUCGGCUUCAUAGAGUACAAGGAUGCAAUGGACGCCCGCGAUGUUGUUCCAGCUUUCCAUGGCUCCGACUUCAUGGGCGAGCGCCUGAUUGUCCAGUUCGCUCGCGGGUCGCGCCGCAAUGAGAACUUCACUCCGCAUGAGCGCGCGGCUCCGCGCCCACGUCGUACUCCUUUCCGGAUGAGGAUUGCCAAUCUUCCGGUCGAGACCAGCUGGCAGGACCUCAAAGAUUUUGCCCGGCAGUCUGGCCUGGAUGUCGUCUACUCCGAAGUGGGUCGCGAGCGCGACGGUACUGGAUUCGUGGAAUAUGAGACGGCCGCCGAUCUGAAGACCGCAGUGGAGAAGCUGGACCGCCGUGAGUUCAAGGGUCAGGAGGUCCAAUGCACCCAGGACGUCUCUGACCCGCCCCCACCUCCCCCGUUCAAGCCUCGAGUCGCCUAUGGUGGCCCCGGUGGGGCAGAUGAUCGAGGACGUGACAGGUACCGGUCGCGCUCGCCUGCUGGUCGACGUGGAUACCCGCCUGCUCCGUACGACGACUACUACGAACGCCGUGGUGGUGCGCCCCGGGGUUAUAGUCCCCGCCGCGAUGACUACCGCCGCCGCACUCCACCGCGGGACUUCUACGAGAGCCGUGACAGGUAUGGGCGUUCGCCACCUCGUGGCCGCGGCCCGGCUGAUGAAUAUGGCCCUCCUCGCGCACGCUACCCCGAAGACCCGUACGAUGCUCGCGGUCCACCACCCCGUCGCUACGAUGAUCCCUACGUGAACGGCCACGCUCGUCCAUACGAGGGUCGUCCGCCGUCCCCGCGUGGAGCACGCCCGCGAAGCCCAGCAGCUCGUCCCCCUUAUGAGGCAGAAUAUCCUCCGAGGGGCCGUUACUGGUAA